GACGCCGACUGGUCAAAAAGGACUUGCGCCGUUCACUUCUCCAGACCAGGCGACGCGUUUGGCUUUAGAAUCCGGCUCCCAAGUUCCCAGACUUUCUAAACCAGCGGUUGGUCGUACCUUGCCUUGCAUCAUUGGCUAAAAAUUGACUUGCUGUCUCGAGCUUGCAAUGGCUUCCAACGAUAUCAACUAUGAAGUACUGGCGCACCAGAUCGAAUCAAUUCUGAAGGACUCUGAAACCGCCACGGCCAAGUUAGGCAAUGAAGCAACACGUCGCCGCUUAGUCGAGGGCGCGCGUAAGCUCUCAGUUGCCUUGGAGACGAACAGAGAGACACUGCGCAGAAUCGGCUAUGCACAUCUCCAGCUACCUUUCGCACUCGUCGGCGUGGAAAGCAAGUUGUUCGCCACGUUAGCAGCCGAACCUCGUCCCUUCAACAUCACAGAGAUAUCCGAGAAGACGGGUAUUCACUUGAACCUACUGAAGAGGCUACUACGCUAUUACCAAGCCACAGAGGUCAUAACCCAAAGUGACGACGACAGCUACCAAGCAAACAACAUAACCCGAGCUCUCAGCAACGACGACCACGCCAACUCUCUCCGAUGGACACGCAGAAUCACCGCCCACGGAGCUCUCAACCUCCCUGACUGGCUCGAGAAGAUCGAAUACAAAGACCCUGUCGGCAUCCUCCCCACCGCCUGGAGCAGCACCCUCAACAUUGAAGACAAGCAUCCUUACGCGUGGCUAGCCGUCAACCCGUGGGCACUGGAACUCGCGCAAGCGCAUAUGAGGGUCCAGCGCAAGGGCCGCCCUUUGUUCUUCGACGGACUGAACUUCGAAGAGCGCUUCGCGCAGAACACGGACAGUGAGACUGUCUUGUUCGUGGAUGUUGGUGGCUCGACGGGGCCGCAGUCGCGUGAGCUACGGAAGAGAUUCCCGAAUCUAAAGGGUAGGGUGAUACUGCAGGACAGGCCGGAGGUUGUCGCGCAGGCGAAGGAGGAGCUCAAGACUAUGGACAUCGAGGCGGAGGUGCAUGAUAUCUUCACCCCGCAGACUGUCAGGGGGGCCCGGACGUACUAUCUCCGCAACAUCUUCCAUGCUUGGGGUGACCCUACUUGCAAGCAGAUCCUCGUCAAUGCCAAGGAAGGGCUGACUGAGGAUUCGGUGCUUCUGAUCGACGAGAUUGUUCUGCCUGAGCGGGACGCGACAGCGCAAGGGGCGCAGCACGAUGUUGAGGUUAUGAUCUGCGUAGGCGGUAUCGAACGCACAAAGGCUCAUUGGGAGAAUUUGCUCAACAGCGCUGGGCUACAGUUGCGUGAAGUGAUCAAUUAUGACACAGAGUUCGAGGAUUCGGUGAUUGUUGUGGGUCUCUGA